AUGGUGUCGACACUUCGAAAAUUGACGGCGCAACAGAUCAAGGUUAGCGAGCGCGCCGAGCAACGUCUCAAGGAGAUUGUCGAGGAUUCGGAGCGAUUGCGAAUCGAAGUUGAUGGUGGCGGUUGCUCAGGAUUCGAGUACAAAAUCCGACUAGAUUCGAAAAUUAAUGAUGAUGACUUAAUAUGGACGUGUAAAAAUGGUGCUCAAAUAGUAGUUGAUGAGAUAUCUCUUGAAUAUAUUAAAGGAGCGACAAUUGAUUUUGUCGAGGACCUUAUGAAAUCCUCAUUUCGCGUGGUUAAUAAUCCGGUCGCCGAGAAAGGCUGCUCGUGUGGUUCCAGUUUCUCGCUGAAAAUGGAUUAA